AUGUAAAAAUAAUUUGAAGGAUAAAAUGACAUAGAAGAUUACUUCAUAGAAAUUGAACAGGUUUAAAGCGAUGUAAAUUUUAAUAAUAAAAUGCAUCAGAAUGUCAAUCCAUACGACAUUAAAUGUCCAAUUUGUUUAAAUGUAUAUUUGGAUCCAAUAUCAUGUGACUCGUGUAUGAAUCAUUUUUGCAAGAGAUGCCACUAAUAGAAAUAAAGUAUGAAAUGCCCUUUAUGCAAUCGGCAAGUUGAAACAAGAAAAGCAUUUCCUCUAUUGAGAUAAUUGUUGAGUUAGUUAAAAAUUAAAUGUCAUCAUUUUGAAUAAGGUUGUCGAGAAAUAACUGAUUAUGAUUCUUAUGAUAAGCAUGUGAAAUAGUGUGAUUUUAGUGAGGAAAUUUGUGGAUUGAUGGAUGGUAAAUUAUAAUGUAAUGUGGUCAAAUUUAAGAAGGAUAUAUAAAGACAUAGAAUUUAUGAAUGUAGUUAUCGAUAAUGUGAAUGUUGUCACUGCCAUAAAUUAGUAAUUUAUACAUAUUAAGAAUUCUAUUAGUUUAGCAAUUUUAAAUUAUAGACACAUGAGCUCAAAUGUGAUGAGGCUCUUACCAGAUGUCCAAAAUGUCAUAUAUAAAUUAAGAUAAAGGAUCAAUCUAGCCAUCUUCAGAUAUGUGAUCAGAACAUAGAUAAUUGCACUCAUUGCAGAGGAGAAUAUUCAUUAUAGCAAUUGUUAAUACACUAAAAUGAAUGUCCAUUAAGACCAAUUUGUUGUGUUGGAUGUUCAUAAAGUUUUACUCUCAGUGUUUACUACAUUCAUUAAACAAAAUGUCCAAAAUUUCCAUAAAUAUGUCCUAAUUGUAAUAAAAAAAUUAUCAGGGAACAAUUUUAGAAUCACACAUUCAAUGAUUGUUUGAUCUACAUCAAAACAUCGCAUGAGAAAGAUAUAUAAAAUCUAAUUAAAAAGCAAUAAAUGCUCGAAAUUGAAUUAACCAAAAAUGAUAAAAUAAUAAAGUUCUCCAAUCGAUUUAAAGAUCCGGAAAUCUUUCUAAAUUUAAAUAAGACAGUUGCUUUUGUUAAGAACAUAGCAACUAAAAAGAGAGAUAGAUUUGUUCUAUUUAAAAAUCCCAUUUCAGAAUUAAGAAAACAAUGGAAAUUCAAAUGCAAACAAGUCAAAAGUUCAUGGUAUGCUGUCGGUAUAACAGAAUUAUCCACUUUGCAUUCUCUAAAAAGAUAUUAAGAUAUAGGACAUGGAUCCUAUCUAGUGUCUUCAAAUGGAACAAUGUAUAAUAAUCACAAGGAUGAUCAGAAUUCAAAAGAAAGUGAUUUUUCAAUCAAUACAAAUGAUAUUAUUGUUAUAAAUGUCGAUUUCGAGGCAGGUCUAUUGGAAAUAAUUAAUACAACUUAAAAUUUAUCACUUGAAAUAGAGGCAGAUUUUGAAGGAAAAGAAUUUUUUGGAUGUGCUUGUUUAAGAACUGCAGGAGAUGAGAUUUAAAUAAUUUAAUGA